AUGCCUCAGGCUGCAACUGCCGCACUUCUUCUUCCGACUUUCUCUUACAUUCAAGUCGAAGCCCUCCACAUCAUCAGCCUUCCAUUCUACCACACUAAACUCCAAUGCACGAGCUAUCGUUGUGAAGAUGAUCCUCGCCUCCGAAUUUCACAUCUCACACACCACACCACACCACAUUUCAUCAUCCCACCAUCAUUGUUCAAAACAAGUCCCACGCACAAUCUUAACGCAGCAGCAAACAAAAUGCCCAAUUUCGAAAAGAAAUAUCAAGGAGCUGAUUGA